CCGCAACAACUCAAAUCUCAAUCCGGUCUUCCGACGUUGGCGCUGCCCAUAAUUCGAAAUGCCCGUGAACAUAUUCGGGGCUGCCUUUCAUGAGCAAAAGCUCGUUAAGAAAGCCCUCGAGUCCUUCUAUGCCCUCGGCCCGCAGACAUCAGCGCGCAUCCUUGCCAAGUACUGCAUCCACCCUCGCGCGAAGAUUGGUACUCUGCCGCCCAAGACUGUCACCGCCCUGACGGCCGAACUGUCGACGAUGACCAUCGAAAGCGACGCGAGGAAGAUUCUUCAAGACAACAUCAAACGGUUACGAGAUAUGGGCACAUACCGGGGCAGGCGGCAUGCCAUGGGUCUGCCAGUGCGUGGCCAGCGGACAAGAAACCAGAUCGAGACGGCGAGGAAACUCAACAAGGUCGAGCGUCGGGGGUAAACGAAGCAACGAUAUUGGGCAACGGUUCGGAUGGGGUACGGUUCUGGGCGAGUGAUCAACACGCUGAACGGCUGGCGUAGACGAUGCUUGAUUGCGGCGCAUUCGGAAGAUUUCCGUCGAGCAAUGGCGCUCCGGAAAGUGUUUCUAUGUACAAUACAGAAUAUAAUUCAGGACAGCCAAGCCCUUGAUCAUUGCUCCCCGGCUUGCUCCCCGGUUAGUCACAGUGCAGCUGCUCAGAGCU